AUGGGAAAGCACGGAAAAGAAAAGGAGAAAGCACGAUACUCAAUAUGGGACGUAAUAUUCUACGCCAAGCAGGUAAAGAUGAUAGUGUAUCUAUCCAAACACCUUCUUGGAAGACCAGUUUCUUGCGAACGGCCCGCCAACAAAUCCCAUCCUCCGGCUUUCAUUGGCGGCGGCAUAGACGAGCGCUUUGUGAGCAGCCGAGUGCUGGGGGACAGUGCCAUGUUUCCGAGCUUUUCGGCUGCAAUCUCGAAGGCAUUAACCACUUUAAAACACAGAUUUAAAUAUUACCUGAAUUUAAGGACUGUUGUGAUCUGGCAGGAGAAAAACUGCUUUGGGGCUUCGGGUUCGAUAAUUUCCCCUGAUAUCUCCUACCACUUUUUUGUUCCACACUAG